AUGGCAGCACAAUUCAAUGCACGGAUAGCACAAUUCAGUGUGCAGAAGGCAGUGGAGAAGUUUGCGGAGAAUUUCGAUUGCGAUCGGGAUGCCUGCCAAAUUCCAAUUCGCCUCGAUUCAUUGGACCGGAUCUACAAGGAGUUCCUGGAGGUACAAGGACAGAUCGAGUUGUACGAUAAGCCGGAGAUGUUGGAUACCCAUCUGGAAGAGAGAAUAGAUUUCGAGACGCGUUAUUGUACAGUGAAAGGAUUUCUGCUGUCCAAUCGUGCUACGGACCUCAACCCAACCAUGCUGAACAGCACAAUGGCGGCACCUGUUCAUGCUUCGUCCUCGUUCCAUCUACGAUUACCCAAGAUGGAUCUUCCCAAGUUUAACGGUGAUUUUUCGCGUUGGCUCGCAUUCCGUGACACGUAUACGUCGAUGAUCCACAGCAAUGCAGAUAUUCCGACGGUUGCGAAGCUGCAGUACUUGCUGCAGUCGCUGGAGGGAGAAGCCCGAAAACCAUUCGAGUCCGUAGACAUUGAAGCGGACAACUACGCAUCGACUUGGGAAGCAUUGUUAAAGCGGUACGACAACAAGCGGUUCCUGAAGCGUCAGCUCUUCCGUGCUCUGUACGACCUCCCACCGGUCAAGCGAGAGAACCCUCCAGAAAUCCAAGGAUUGGCUGACGAUUUUCACUGGCAUGUGCGGGCUUUGGCAAAGUUAGGCGAGCCAGUCCAUUAUUGGGACACCCCAUUGGUCAACCUCCUUUCCUACAAGUUGGAUCCAACUACGCUACGUGCUUGGGAGGAAAAAACCAGCAAUAACGACGACGUUACCUAUGAUAUGCUGAUCGAGUUCCUCUACCAGCGUGCCCGAAUGCUGACGUCUGUCGUAACUGACCUACAGUAUCGGUCCCAACAACCGGUUAUAGCCAAGGUGGCCGGUCCGAUUCCAACCCCGAAGCCGUUCAAGGUGGCGUACAAGGCAGCUACCGUUGAACCGAACUACAGUGCUCCCUCGUGCCUCGCUUGUCCAGAGAAGCAUUUCCUCUUCCAAUGCCCUGCAUUUUCCGAGGUGUCCGUCCGCCAGCGCCAAUCGUCGAAGAUGCUAUCGACUCCUGUUAACGAGGAAAGUCAGCCGAUUCCCUCGACGUCCGCCCACGCUGACCCUUCAAGCUCGGCGAAAUCGAACAGCCAAGUAAGCUUAUCGGUUCAGGCUCAGCAUAGUACAGUUUUACUGGAAACUGUUUCCCUCUUCGUCGUAGGUCAGAAUGGCAAGAAGAUCCCCGCACGCGCAAUUCUAGAUUCCGGAUCCAUGUGUAACUUCAUCACCAAGAAGCUUGCAAAUUCCCUGAACCUUCAUCGCACCAAGGUGGAUAUCGCAGUAGCUGGUAUAGGAGAAUCCACCAAGCAGAUUAAGUGCCAAUUAACUGCUAUGAUCGAGACGAAGUCGACACCGUACUUCACCAAGCUUGAGUUCCUGAUCCUCAAGAGACCGACGGUCAACCUUCCGACCGUUCCGAUCGACAUUUCCGCGUGGAAUCUUCCCAAGUUGUCGUUGGCAGACCCCAGAUUCCAUAUCCCAUCCGACAUUGACAUGGUUGUCGGUGGUGAAGCGUAUCAUGAGCUGCAUCCUGGCAGCAAGCGUUCCCUGGGAGAGGGACUAUCGUUGCUAAUAGAGACGGUGUUCGGAUGGACUGUUUCCGGGAAGAUAUCCAUCAAUCAUCCCACCAUUCCCCGCAUCUGCCAUCUAACCACUGUCGAUCGAAGCUUAGAACAAGCGUUGCAGAAGUUCUGGGAGCUAGAAGCUGUUGAGCCGUGUUCUGUGUAUUCCGUAGAAGAAAAACAGUGUGAAGAACUUUACGCUACUACCACCACUCGCGAUUCGUCCGGUCGUUAUCUCGUUCGUUUGCCACUCACCCGUGAUCCGCUAGUCAAUCUCGGCGAAUCCAGAGCCAUCGCCGAACGUCGGUUUCUGAGCCUUGAGAAGCGACUAGAGCGGGAUCCACCCACCAAGGAUGCAUACUGCAAGUUCAUGGACGAAUACGAACGAAUGGCGCACAUGAAGAAGCUCGUCGAUCCAGUAGACGAUGUGAACCCGCACUGCUACCUCCCGCACCAUCCUGUGUUCAAGGAAUCCAGCACAACCACGAAGGUCCGAGUUGUUUUCGACGCGUCGUGUAAAACAUCGUCAGGAUUUUCCGUCAACGAUAAGCAGCUCGUUGGUCCUGUCGUCCAGGAGGACCUGUUGUCUAUCGUCAUGAGGUUCCGCACACACCCGAUCGCCAUCGUAGCCGACAUCGAGAAGAUGUACCGACAGAUUCAGCUGCAUCCCGAGGACCGACCGCUUCAACGCAUUCUCUGGCGUUCCAACCGCGACGAUCCGCUCAUAUCGUACGAGCUCCAAACCGUUACGUACGGUUUUGCAUCCGCGCCAUUCCUGGCAACUCACACCCUCCUACAAGUUGCACAGGACGAAGGCGACAAGUACCCCGCCUCCGUAGAUGCUGUGAAGCAGGAUUUUUAA